GGCGAGGAUAAAAACACGCUCCAUCGAACCAUGCAAGCGAGUAAAAUUCAAUUUCCAGUAAAAGACGCUUCUCUAAUCUCUCUCCUCCGCUCUCUAAUCUCCUCCUCCGCCGCCUCCGCCUCCGCCUCCGCCGCCGCCGCCGCCGCCGCCAUUUUGAAGUGGCGUUGAUCACGAGAAGCGAUCGAGCAAUCGGAUUACGCAAAGUGAUCGGUGGAGUGUUGGAGCUGCUGGAUUUUGCCGCACGAAUCGGAGGGCGAUGCGGGGAAAGAGCUCGAAGACGAGCGCGCCCGUCGUGGUCACGUUCGAGCACAAGAGGGACGCUUACGGAUUUGCGGUGCGGCCUCAGCAUUUGCAGCGAUAUCGCGAGUACGCGAAGAUUUACAAGGAAGAGGAGGAAGAGAGAACGAAGAGAUGGAAGGACUUGCUGGAGAGGCUGGUGGAGGAAAGUGAAGAAGAUUUGAAACGAAGCGAAGAAGUGAUCGGUGGCAAAUGCGAUGGUUCGGAGGAAGCUUUUUUGGAGAAGGGACUGUGGGAGGAGCUUGAAAACCAAAAUGCGGAAUCUUGGAGUCGGAUGAGGCCAUCGCUUGGUGCAAUUGAGAGUAUGAUGAGCUAUCGGUUGACGAAGAGGAAGAGGGCUUUGUAUGAUGGGCAGAAAGAUCAACUUACUUCGAUCGAAGAGGAGGCAAGGCCGUCGAGAGGAAGCCGUGAAGAGGAGUCUGAAGAGGAGUUCUAUGAUGUGGAGAGAUCGGAACCGAUCCAAGAAUUACCUUCGGAUGAUGACGGCGGUGUUAGUUCCACGAUCGUCUGUGAGCCUUCAUUCCCUUGGAAAGAAGAGCUGGAAAGCCUUAUCCGUGGGGGCAUUCCUAUGGCUCUCAGAGGAGAGCUAUGGCAAGCCUUUGUGGGCGUGAGAACUCGCAGGGUGGAUGGGUAUUAUAACAAACUGCUUGACCAAGAAGGAAAAACGAUUGAAGACAAGGAAAUUGAGGACUCCGUUCCUGAGAAAUGGAAGGGGCAGAUUGAGAAGGAUUUGCCUCGAACUUUUCCAGGACAUCCUGCAUUAGACAAUGAUGGCAGAAAUGCUUUAAGGCGUCUGUUGACAGCAUAUGCGCGGCAUAAUCCAUCAGUUGGGUACUGCCAGGCCAUGAACUUCUUUGGAGGGUUAUUAUUAUUGCUUAUGCCCGAGGAAAACGCAUUCUGGACUUUAAUGGGGAUCAUUGAUGACUACUUUGAUGGUUAUUAUAAUGAACAAAUGAUCGAAUCACAGGUAGACCAGCUUGUUCUCGAGGAGCUUGUGCGUGAAAGAUUUCCAAAGUUGGCCAGACAUCUAGAUUACCUAGGAGUGCAGGUCGCUUGGGUUACAGGACCUUGGUUCCUAUCCAUUUUCGUUAACAUACUUCCAUGGGAAAGUGUUCUUCGUGUCUGGGACGUCCUCUUGUUCGAAGGAAACCGUACAAUGCUGUUCCGAACAGCACUCGCUUUGAUGGAACUGUAUGGCCCUGCACUAGUGACCACAAAAGAUGCAGGAGAUGGCGUCACACUAUUGCAGUCCCUUGCUGGUUCCACCUUCGACAGCAGCCAACUUGUCUUGAUAGCUUGUAUGGGUUAUCAGUUUGUAACUGAAAUUAAAUUGCAAGAAUUGAGGAAAAAGCACAGGCCAGAAGUCCUAGCUGCGUUGGAGGAAAGGUCCAAAGAACUUCGUAAUUGGAAAAAAUCCAAGGAUCUAGCAUCAAAGAUGUAUAGCUUUAAACAUGACCCAGCAUCCAUACUCCCACAAAGCAACUCGAACGAAGUAAUUAGUGACUCAGAAAUGAAUGGAGAUUUGCAUCUUUUCAACUCUGAAUCAGAAAAUGAUAAGGAGAUUGAUUCAGUCCCUGAUCUGCAAGAACAGGUGAAGUGCCUGAAAGUCGAGUUAUGCAGAUUGCUGGAGGAGAAAAGAUCAGCUGUUCUGAGAGCUGAGGAGUUGGAGACGGCGUUGAUGGAGAUGGUCAAGCAGGAUAAUAGACGCCUUUUGAGUGCUAAGACAAAAAGGUGUCUCCGACAGGUUGAGCAAUUAGAGCAGGAACUUUUGGAAUUACGACGAGCUCUUGCUGACAAAAAAGAACAAGAGCAAGCAAUGCUUCAGGUCUUGUUGAGGGUGGAACAAGAACAAAAAGUGACAGAAGAUGCUCGUGUUUCUGCUGAGCGAGACGCUGCUGCUCAAAGAUAUGCAGCUCAAGUGCUCCAGGCAAAAUAUGAACAAGCAAUGGGUGCACUUUCAGAAAUGGAGAAGAGAGCUAUAAUGGCAGAGACAAUGCUGGAGGCCACAUUGCAAUAUCAGUCUGGGCAGGUUAAAGCGCACCAACCUUUCUCUUCCAGAGCUGUGCAUAUGGAUCAACCACUUGCAAGGACGAAUCAAGAUUCAUCUCAUGAUGCGUCUAAUAGGAUGGUGGGCCUGCUAUCUAGACCUUUUGGAAUUGGUUGGCUUGACAAGAACAAGGGCAAGCUCAACAGCGCUGAGACAAUUGAAGGAAAAACCCCUGCCAGCAUGGGCCAGAAGGAUAUGAAUGGCGUAUGAGUAACUGAUAAAUGUAUUUUCUGAAGGGGAAGAGUAAUUAGAUUAGUCGGCCCCAAAUCUUAAGUGGGCAUCAAAUACCAUGUUCAUAUUCCUCCACAAGAAGAUGUAACUUGUUUUGCUUAUCAUACAUUGUGAGUGACUGUUCUAUGGAAUUUAAACAAGUGAUCGAAGGAACUACAUGAACAGGUAGUUCAGGUUGUGAUAGCCAAGUAACAGCAUGUAAGUUGGCAACUAAUGUAUCGUCGUGAAGUACAUGUAUAUAAAUGAUGGGCCAUCGUUUUUGUUUUUUAA